GCCAUCCUCACCUUCCUCGCUCUCAGCUUUCGUCGCGCCUGCCCGUACUUUUGCUCAGCUUGCGUAGGCACCCUCAGACCCAGUUAUCCUGAGCAAUCUACUAGAACCUCCAACGAAAAGACCACUACACUAGAGACUUUGCACAGCUAGGAUGGCCGCACCGCAGAACCUCGUGCAUGUCACCUCGCCGGCGCACUUCCAGGAGUCGCUCGCCGCAGACCUGCAGCGCGUCUCGCUCAUCAACUUCUGGGCGCCCUGGGCGGAGCCAUGCAAGCAGAUGAACGAGGUCGUGUUCGAGCUCGCGAAGAAGUAUCCGAAUAUGUUGGCUCUUCAGGUCGAGGCCGAAGAGCAGCAAGACAUCACGGAAGAUUUUGAGGUCAACUCCGUGCCGACGUUUAUCAUUCUUCGGGGGCACACCCUCCUCUCGCGCAUAGAAGGCGCCGACGCCCAAAAGCUGACCUCCGACAUCGCAACCCAUCUCUCCGCCCCUCCCUCUUCUUCGUCGGUCACCUCUGGCGCUGCUAUCACCGCAUCCGGGGCACCGCGCGAGCGCACGCAGGAAGAGCUGGCGGCGUAUAUGCAGGCGCUGAUGAAGAAGGAUUCGGUCGUGCUGUUCAUGAAGGGCUCGCCGGACGCGCCACAGUGCGGGUUCUCGCGCACCGCGGUUGGGAUUCUGAGGAAGGAGGGCAUUGAGUUUGGGAGCUUCGAUAUUCUGAAGGACGAGAGCGUACGGCAGGGCCUCAAAGCCAUAAACAACUGGCCGACAUUCCCCCAGUUUAUCGUCAACGGCGAAUUUGUCGGCGGCUUGGACGUGAUCAAGGAGAUGCUCGAGGCCAAGGAUGAAGAUGGGAGUGACGAGUCGGAGUUCACGAAGGUAUUCAAGCAAGGGAUCGUCGCAUAAACCCGUGGAGACACAGUUGGCAUCUUACUGGAGAACGAUAUGCGAGUGUACGUUGUCAUCUAGAUGUCUUUGGUCAUUUACCAGUAUGCAUUCAUGCCCUGCCUUUGUGUCAUGUCGUCCAUGUAUGCAUGUAUGCGUGUAACAUGUGUAUAGCUGGAUCUCAAACCCGCUUGAAGCAAAC